AAAAAAAAAAAAAAAAGAAGAAAACAGAACACAAAGAACAGUGUUUUCGUCAUCUCUUUUGAGCGUAGGUGCCCAUGCCUCACGACUUGUCCACCUAAUGGAAAAUGUGCGGCCGAACAGUCAUGCGCACUCGCAGGCCGCUUAUGCACCACAGGCAAAAGAUAGCCUGCAUAUUUGGCAGCUUAUAAUUUCAUGCCAAACAUGGCUGAGAGACAUUCAGCCUUAUGGUAAAUGUAGAAAAGUGGCUCAGCAGGAUACACUCCAUACCUCAGGCUACGCCAUAUUAUCACAUUUUGUCUUAGUGGAUAUAGCGUCGUGGCUGGUUGAUCAAUGAGCAGCCAUCGGGCAGCAUAAAAUGCAGAGGGGAGUUUUAUAUACUGGGACCUGCCCAACUUAACUUCUUUGGUGAUUACAGGUUUUUUAUUCGCCACAAAAUGAGCACGUCCCCAGUAGCGUCAGCACGUUCUGAAAACAUCGAAGACCCUCAUGAUAAAACCAUUCGCCCACCGUCGUUCUCCUCGCGGUCAAUAAAACGGUAUCUCAAGACCAGAUUCACUACUCUUUUCGUGUCUAAAGAAGAAAGAACAGAAUACACAUGGGGAGAUAUUCUCAACCCUUUCAAAGAGCUCAAGCACAUGCAAAUCAUGCAUUGGAACUUCUUCCUCAUGGGCUUUGCUGCAUGGACAUGGGACGCCGUGGACUUUUUUGCCGUCACUUUGAAUGCAACCGACAUCGCUGAAACUUUGAACAGGAGCGUCAGCGACAUCACUUGGGGAAUAACUUUAGUUUUGAUGUUGAGGUCUGUAGGAGCUUUUCUUUUUGGGUAUUGGGGCGACCGCAACGGGCGUAAAUGGCCGUAUGUUGUCAACUUCUCGCUCUUGAUUAUCUUGCAGAUCGGCACUGGCUUUGUCCAGACCUAUGAGCAAUUUUUGGCCGUACGUGCCCUCUUUGGUGUUGCCAUGGGUGGUAUUUACGGCUUUUCUUUGGCAACGUCUUUGGACGAUUCUCCAACCAGCUGCCGGGGCGCCUUGUCUGGCAUUUUCCAAGAGGGUUAUGCACUUGGCUUCCUUUUUGCAGUCAUUUUCAACAGGGCGUUCACCAGCAACUCGCCUUUUGGGUGGAGAUCUAUCUUCUGGUUUUCGGCGGGGCCUCCAGUAUUCUUUAUUGUUUGGAGAUUAUGCCUUCCUGAAACAGAGGCUUAUCUUGUGCAAAGAGCAAGUUCCGAUGCAAGAAAAAAGCACGAGUCGGCUACCAAAUGGUAUCAAGUUAGUAAGAGCACCAAAACUUUGUAUAAGACCUACUGGCUCACAGUGUCGUAUUGUGUCUUGCUAAUGGCAGGGCUCAAUUUCAUGUCUCAUGGCUCUCAGGACUUGUAUCCUACGCUUCUCACACAACAGCUUGAGUACAGCGACGACAGAUCCACCGUGACAUUGUGCGUGGCUAAUUUAGGAGCUAUAUUUGGCGGCACGUUUUGCGGCCAUGUGUCUACAUUUAUUGGAAGGAGGUUGACCAUCAUACUUGCGGUGCUUUUGAGUGCUGCCAUGGUGUAUCCCUGGGCAUAUCUCCGGAAUUCAGCGAUCAACGCUGGUGCUUUUUUUAUGCAAGCAGGCGUGCAAGGCGCAUGGGGCGUGGCACCGAUUUUUCUUUCGGAGCUUUCACCACCAGCUCACCGGGCUUUGGUAGUCGGCUUAUCGUACCAAUUAGGAAACUUGGCCUCUUCGGCAUCUUCCACUAUCGAGUCCAAAAUAGGCGAGCGGUACCCCAUCACCACUGCGUCUGGCGAGCAGGCAUUUGACUAUUCCAAGGUGAUGAGUAUCUUCAUUGCCACUGUGUUUGCCUAUGUUUUGGUUGUGACAUUGUUUGGGCCCGAAAACAGAGGUGCCGAUUUUAGUGUGGAUAGGGAUGAGAUUAUGGGGGACGAUAUUGAGGAUAAAUUUUCGUACGACGAAAACACUCAAGAGCAUUUGACAUUGAAGCGAGACGAGGGUUCUGGCCGCCUCGUGUAAACAAAGAUUUCUUUCUGUUAGAUAAAGUAUUCAAUAUUGUUAAAGCAUUCAAUUUCGAGAAUAUGAGCACAAUUUUCUGGGAUGAAACCCCCCGCUUAUUGAUCAAACCAGCCGUGGUCAUAUUGGAUCGAUCGCGAUUAUUGAGGUGUAUAUAUAAUUCAAAAGAGGAUU